CAGAAUUUUUAAGUGUGAUCGAUAGGUUUCAAUUUUUUUAAAUCGCGCGCGCGUGCGUUUCCGCUAGUAUGUCACUAGGUGGCGCGCGUUCUUUUCGAGGUAACUUCCAUCGUGCCGUCUGUUUUGCGAGUUCCCGUUUAACAAAUUAUCAAAAUGGAAAACGACACUGGUGAAUGCGUCGACUUGUAUUGUCCACGAAAAUGUUCUGCUAGCAACAGAAUUAUUCACGCCAAAGACCACGCUUCGAUCCAACUCAGUAUUGCCGAAGUUGAUCCGGCGACCGGUAGGAUGACCGAAAAUACUAAAAAUUAUGCCCUCUGCGGAGCGAUCCGUCGUAUGGGAGAAUCGGACGAUUGCAUUGUAAGGCUUACGAAAAAAGAUGGCAUUUUAGCGAAGAACUUCUAGAUUUAUUUCUAAUGUAAGCUGUAUUUUUAUUGAGUUUGAUAUUCAAUAAAGACAUUAUUUGGUAUUGUA